UCGGCGUCAUCGGUCGGUACGGCGGUGCUUGCGACCUACUACCAGCAGGCAUCCCCGGCUCUUCUUCCACCGGUUCAGCUGCUGAUCGUCGGCGGUCAUCAUGAGGGCCGUGCUGCCGAUGCUGCUGCUUCUUGUGGCAUCGGCCGCAGUUGGAUCUGCGGCGGCGGCCGGGCGGCGGAAAGGGGAAGGAACUCGAUACAGCGUCAUGGCCUUCCACGCCGCCGGGGACGGCGAGACGGAUGAUUCCAAAGCGUUCGAGGAGACAUGGGACUCGGCUUGCAGAGACAGCGGCGGCGCGACGCUGUACGUCCCUGAAGGAAGGACCUUCCUGCUGGGAGAGACCAAGUUGCAGGGACCCUGCAAGUCACCGAUCACCCUGCAGGUGGACGGGGACAUCGUGGCGCCAAGCUCCCUCUGGACCCUAAAGUCGUUAACAAGCCUCCUGGCCUUCUACAGGGUCGACAACCUGACGGUGGACGGCAUCGGGCAGAUCGACGGCCGAGGCGCGCCGUGGUGGCACUGCUACAACCAGAAGAAAUGCCACUACCGGCCACAGCUGGUGUCAUUCUCGUUCUGCAACGGUCUACGGGUGACCAACAUACGCCUCAAGGACAGCGCCGACAAGCACAUGAGUGUGUUCGAGUGCAGCCAGGUGCAGGUGCACAACGUCACCGUCAUGGCGCCCGGCAACAGCCCCAACACGGACGGGAUCACCAUGGGGGCCUCCGACCAUGUCCGCAUCUCCUCUUGCAACAUCCACAGCGGUGAUGACUGUGUGUCGAUUCUAACGGGCACCACCGAUGUCAACGUCACUGACGUCACGUGUGGGCCCGGUCAUGGCAUCAGUGUGGGAAGCCUUGGAGGUGCCAGUGAAAAACCAGCGCUAGUGGAAAGAAUUACAGUAUCCAACUGCAACUUCUUCAAUACGAUGACCGGUGUCAGGAUCAAAUCGUGGCAGGGAGGGCGAGGCAAAGCGAACACGUUCCUUUUCAGGAACCUCAACAUGACUCAAGUACGGUAUCCUAUCGACAUCGACCAGUUCUAUUGCCCCCAGGGAAACUGUCCAAAACGGGAAGGUGGUGUGGCCAUAACGGACGCGAGAUUCAUCAACAUCCGGGGGACGUCCUCGGAGCAAGAGGCCAUCCAGAUCCUGUGCAGCAAAAGCGUGCCGUGCCACGGGAUUUUUCUCCACAACGUGGACCUCUCUUGGGCCAACCACACGGCCCCAACAAAAGCCAAAAUCCUAAAUGCCCAAGGAAGCAUCGCGGGCACGGUGAAGCCACAAGUACGCUUCCGCGGCCUCUGAUCCCCAGUGCUCUCCGUUGUGAACAUAGUGCUUGGACAUAAGACAGAGGAGCAAGUGCAGAAAUGCUUACCGUAGGUGAGCGACACGUGAGGCAGGGUAGCAGUGCUAAAAUUGGAUUGGUUGUAAUAUGAUGGUGGUUCAUGCCAUCUCAUAUCUGUCAUGCCUACAACUUCUCAAUGUAUGGCCAUUCUUCUAUCUAUAAUAUAUAAGCAGGAGCACCGAGGUGCUAUCUGUGGCAGCAA